CGUGGUGUCGUGACUCGCAAGCGCUGAGCAGCCGGACGGAGUCGGAGCAUUUGUUUUAAAUCCCGCGGAACUCUGAGUCACAUUCAGGGGAGAGAAAAUCGCAGUCGGAGUUUAAGUCCGGGAGAAAGAUAUGUGUUUUUUACUCUCUCCAAAGGAAUAAAACAGGAUUUUCGCUGUAAGCCGCGAGCCGGAGAUAAAGUGCGGGGGAACGGAUAAAGCGCGAGCGCGGCGCGAGGGAGCGAGUGAGCGCGGCGAUGAGAGGAGAGUCGCUGAGGAAUCGCCUGCGGAGUCGUUUACUGUGUAGGUCGCGUUUAUUUCACUUUAUUAUCGCUUCAUUAUUGUGGAAAAAAGGAAAAUAAAAGCGGAAGGUGAAGUUCUACAGGUACAGGUGACUCCUGAGAAGGAUGCCCAGUGCUGAAGUUUUAGUCUCAGUUCAGUCUUGAUCAUCAGACAUGGGGGUGGGGGUUCUCAAGGCUGACGGCGUGAAUCAGCGGCCUCGCUGCGAGCAUGGAUCGUUAUAGCUGACGAGCGUUGACGAUGAAGCAUGUGACCAGAAGAAGUUUGAAACUUUUGUGGCAUUGAGGAAGACUGAACCGAGCGCAUCCUCCUCCUCGUGCCGCUGCUAGUCAGCAUGUUGCGCUUGCUUUCGCUGAAGCUCGCCCGCGUCUACCGCUGCGGCAAGUUCCUCUUCAUCGCGGCGCUUUUCGUGGUCUUCCUCAUGAACACCCACAACCUGCUCGCCUCCUUCCAGAGGAAUGAGCUCACUGACCGCCGCUUCAUCGGCCUCAACAAGUGCCCGGCCUGCUUCGGGACCAGCUGGUGCCGCAAGUUCACCAACGGCCAGGUGACCUUCGAGACGUGGGGGCGGCUACGCUUUCUGGACUUCUUUAACGUGAAGAACGUUUACUUUGCUCAGUACGGCGAGCCCAGGGAAGGCACACGCAGGGUGGUGCUCAAACGCCUGGGCUCCAACGCCGAACUCGCAGAGAUCGACCAGAAGAUAUGCAAGAGGGCGACGGGGAAACCUCGCUGCGACCUCGUCCAAGCCAUGUACAAGACAGAGUUCGCCCGGCUCAACGGGGACGUCAGGUUGCUGACCCCAGAGGUGGUGGAGGGCUGGUCGGACUUGGUGCACUGCCCCUCACAGAGACUCCUCGAUAGGGUUGUCAGGAGGUACGCCGAGACCAAAGACUCCGGAAGCUUCCUUUUGAAGAAUCUCAAGGACACAGAGAGGAUGCAGCUACUGAUGACGCUUGCGUUCAACCCGGAGCCUUUGGUGCUGCAGAGCUUCCCCUCGGACGAAGGCUGGCCGUUCGCCAAGUACCUGGGCGCGUGUGGCCGCAUGGUGGCCGUGAACUAUGUGGGCGAGGAGCUGUGGAGCUUCUACAAUGCGCCGUGGGAGAAGCGCGUGGAUUUGGCCAAGCAGCUGAUGGACAUCGCUGAGCAGCUCACCAACAACGACUUCGACUUCGCCCUGUACCUGCUCGACGUCAGCUUCGACAACUUCGCCGUCGGCCCACGGGACGGGAAAGUCAUCGUCGUCGACGCGGAGAAUGUCAUUGUGGCCGACAAGAGGCUGAUCAAGCAGAACAAGCCGGAAAACUACGACAUUUGGUACGAGAGCCGCUACGAAGAAUGCGAUAAAGAAGCCUGCCUCUCGUUCUCCAAAGACAUCUUAUGUUCACGCGUCACCGUCGACCACAACUACUACGCCAUCUGCCAGAACUUGCUGUCCCGCUUCGCCGCGUGGCGUGGCACCACUGGCGGCCUCCUCCACGACCCGCCCUCCGACGUGGUCCGGGCCGGACAUCUCGCGGCGCUGCUGGACGAAUGCGCCAGGCCUCAGAUACGCUACGGACGCUUCCAGGCAGCCAAGGAACUGCGCGAGUAUCUCACACAGCUAACGGAGCAAGCUAGCACUAAGAGGUAGUACUCGGCGAAAGGCGGACUCAUACCGCCACAAGGACACCAGGGAUACGAACUCGGCCUCGUUGAAGCGGCGGAACUUGGAGACAUUUCGUUAUCAUGGGUUUACUUUGCUUUUUUGUUUUGUUUUUUGGGGAAUUGCUGCCUGCUGAAUGCUGUAGCUUUGACAGAUGCUAAUUAAAGGAGUUUUGCAAAUGGGCCUGGCUGAGAGCACUGGGUGAAGAGCUGAGGAAGUGUGUGUGUGUGUGUGUGUGUGUGUUGUGCUGAUGCUAAUACAGGAGGCUUGUUAGCGGUAAUGGGGGUGUGCGAGGCCCACUUGCUCCAUCUGGCCUCUGAUCACAAUCCUCUAAUGAGGUUUAUGUUUAAUUUAUAGGGGCUCAUGCAGAGGAACGACCCCAUAGCAGAGCCUGGGUUUUCCAUACAAGGCCUUGUUUUGUUUUUAGUAUGUGUGUGUGAGUGUGUGUGUGUGCAUGUGCGUGUGAUCUUGUGAUGUCUUGUGAACCCCUGUCGGGUUUUUUUUUUUUUUUAUAAGGUUUUUAUUUUUACCCAUCCUUAUUAGGACUCAUUAUUAGAAGCCUACGAGUUUUGCGGAAUGACGAAACUGAGAUACUAAUCACAGACACACACUGAAAUCAAUCGUUUACAAAGGACUUAAAAACUUGCUGCUGCUAUAGAAAUCACAUAACACCGAGUUAUUGGAUAUUGAUAUAAAUCAUGUAUAAUUAUCCGAUAUAGAAAUAUUGAACUUUUAAAUUCAUUAACUCCCGCUAGCGAACGUUUAGUACAGCCGUACCACAGUAUACGAAAAUUUCAGGAGGCGAGUUCUUCCUAUUGCGAAACACAUUGUUCCAUAGGAAAUAAUGUAAAUGCAGAUACUCCGUUCCAGCCACCCAGACAUAUUACCAAUAUUACCAAUUUUCAACACCACAAUUAUAUUUUCACAUAUAAAAACAAUCAAGACAUUUAGAAAAAACAUGACAUUAAACCUCACUUAAGAUUAAUUUAUGAUUCCUCUUGGCACCGACUGCUUUAAACCCAAACUGAAAGCGGCUCAGAUUUCUUCUUGCUAGCAUUCCUGAGACCUCUGAUGCUACAUCCUUAUAAAAAAAACACAAAGUAGUAAAACCAUGUAACUCACAUCGAUCGGCUUUCCACUUUUGAAUGGCUCACUUGUAAGCCGAAAAUGCUUCGUAUGCCGAGGCAAAAUUUACAUUUCUUAAGGCAAAAAUCUGUAAUGCGUGGUGUCCAUGUGAAUCCGAAAUAUUUUUAAAUGAGACAGAACACAACUGAGGUUAAAACAGCAGAGUGGAUCGCGAAAGGAAAUACCAAAGAAAUUUUGCAUUAUAAUAAGUAAUUUUUUGUUCUCCAGGUCCUAACUGUGUAUUCAAACAAACCCAACGCAAUUCAGAUUUUUAAUUCUUUUUUUUUUUGUUAAAUGAAAUCAAGUAACACUCGCACUAUGAAACUAAAAACAACAUCAUCAUAAUGAGGUGACUUGUUGCACUACAUGUUCUAAUGUUGUGUUCUGUCUCUAAACACCCUGUGUGUGUGUGUGUGUGAGAUUGUUCAGCUCCUGGCUCACAUUGUUUCAAGGCCUCAUUUCGAGCAUUUCCUCGGUGUCCUUCAAGGCUACUCCGUAAAUGUGGUCUUACUGUGCCUUCAGUCUUUACAACUCAAUAAGAACAUUAAAGAAUAUUAUUAAAGGCAAAUCUACACGUUUAUUUAUU